CAUCAUAGGUAGAGUUCAUAACGUUUAAAAAUUAUAAAAAUCUUUAACAUAAUCUACAAAACAUACAAAUAUUUAUACAUAUAUUAUAUAAGAUAAAAAUAAAAAUUAAUCAGAAACUGUACUGUAAUGAUACUCGUUCUUGAAAUCAUUCCUUCCAAAAUAAAUAAAUAAAAUAAAGCAUUAAGAAAAAUAAAACAUUAGAGGUAGUAAUUUCAUAGUAUCAGUCUAAUUAAUUAUUACUCUUAUUAAGUAUUUCCUUUUUUCAUGGCACCCGAGCGUAUUGAGUAGUAUAUUGAACGACCUCUCUCCUCCACUUGACUUGUAAAGAACGGUGAAGUCACAAGUCAGCACUGAUAUGUUGAGGACAUAUGGAUAUAGUACGGAUAUACACACAUUAUCUGCAACUCCGUCCUCUUUGUUACCAUGUAUCGGAACCAACAUCUACAACAUCGUACCCUUCAAGAAAUUUAAGAAGCUCCGAAGAUGUUUCAUAGUCGUUGCACUUUCAGCUUCCUCAACCAGAGAUGUCUGGCGAAAAACAUCGCAAAAUACGACGCCGUCUUCAUCUUCUUCUCACCAAGUUUAUCGCCGUCGAAAACAACAGGUCGUGUAUUUAGAUCACAGUGUCGACAUGGACGAGCUUCUAUCCUCAAUUGGGUUGACCCAAGACGAGCACGAACUGUUCGCUCUAAUGUCACCUUACAAAGGUCGACAACUUUCAAUACGAUUCAUGGUCACCCUUCUCUCGCGCGAAUCAGAUUGGCAAAGAUCGAUUGCGCUUCUCGAUUGGAUCAAUGAAGAGGCCUUAUAUAAACCCUCUGUGUUUGCUUACAACGUCGUUAUACGUAAUGUGCUUCGUGCGAAGCAGUGGCGACUUGCACAUGGCCUGUUCGAUGAAAUGCGUCAACGAGCGCUCUCGCCGGAUAGGUACACUUAUUCAACGCUUAUAACGCAUUUUGGCAAGGAGGGUAUGUUUGAUGAUGCAUUGUUUUGGCUUCAACAGAUGGAACAGGACCAUGUGUCAGGUGACCUUGUUUUGUAUAGCAAUUUAAUCGAGUUGUCUCGUAAACUUUGUGACUAUUCCAAGGCCAUAUCAAUCUUUUCGAGAUUGAAGCGGUUGGGUAUUUCGCCUGACCUUGUUGCUUAUAAUUCGAUGAUUAAUGUGUUUGGGAAGGCUAAGCUUUUCCGUGAAGCGCGCUUGCUUCUUCAAGAGAUGAGAUCAGUGGGUGUUGUACCGGAUACUGUAAGCCAUUCCACACUUUUGAACAUGUAUGUUGAGAACCAAAAGUUUGUUGAGGCACUUUCGGUGUUUUCUGAGAUGAACGAGGUUAAUUGUCCGCUUGAUCUUACGACAUGCAAUAUUAUGAUUGAUGUGUAUGGACAUCUUGAUAUGGUCAAAGAAGCUGAUAGGCUGUUUUGGAGCAUGAGGAAGAUGGGAAUUGAGCCGAAUGUCGUUAGUUACAAUACCCUUUUGAGGGUAUAUGGUGAGGCUGAGCUUUUCGGUGAAGCCAUACAUCUUUUUAGAUUGAUGCAGAGGAAAGAUAUUGAGCAGAAUGUUGUUACUUAUAAUACUAUGAUUAAAAUUUAUGGGAAGUCUCUUGAGCAUGAAAAAGCUAAUAAUCUUAUUCAAGAGAUGCAGAAGAGAGGGAUUGAACCCAAUGCCAUUACCUAUUCAACCAUAAUAUCAAUAUGGGGUAAGGCAGGAAGAUUGGAUCGUGCAGCAAAGCUGUUUCAGAAGCUGAGGACAUCUGGGGUUGAGAUUGAUCAGGUUCUUUAUCAGACAAUGAUUGUGGCUUAUGAGAGGGCAGGCCUCGUUGCACAUGCUAAGCGACUGCUCCAUGAGCUUAAGCGCCCAGACAACAUCGCCAGGCAGACUGCGAUCACAAUCCUUGCUAGAGCUGGACGGAUCGAAGAGGCCACUUGGGUGUUUCGACAGGCUUUCGAUGCUGGGGAAGUGAAGGACAUAUCUGUCUUUGGGUGUAUGAUUCAAAUUUAUUCAAAUAACAGAAAGCACACUAAUGUCAUUGAGGUGUUUGACAAGAUGAGAGGAGCAGGAUAUUUUCCUGAUUCUAAUAUGAUUGCUCUUGUCUUGAAUGCUUAUGGAAAGUUGCGUGAAUUUGAGAAGGCGGAUUCCGUAUAUAGGGAGAUGCAGGAUGAGGGUUGUGUUUUUCCAGAUGAAGUUCACUUUCAGAUGAUGAGUAUCUAUGGCGCGAGAGGGGAUUUUGUGAUGGUUCAGUCACUUUUUGAGAGGCUGGACUCUGAUCCCAACAUCAACAAGAAAGAGCUCCAUCUGGUUCUUGCCAGCAUCUAUGAAAGAGCAAAUAGACUAAAUGAUGCAUCUCAAAUCAUCAACAAGAUGAGAGAUAUAGGAAUUUUGAAAUCGUGACCAUCUUAAGAAGUCCUACUGUGCCCUUGCGUUGAGCAAAUUCGGUCAGACUGUUGUAAAUUUCAUUGUUUUUGGAUAAUUCUUCUGUAGAUAUUGUAUUUUAGCCUCUGAUUUAUAGUCUCCAUCUCCUUCACAAAAAACAAAAGAUAUUGCUUUGGUGCCGUUUCUAACAGUUUAUGUCAUUGCAGGAUUGUGAAAGGGUACAGAAAAAUGUUACCAUGUUAUUAUUCCUCUUCUGUAACUUAUUUGUUUUCAAGAGAGAGGCAAGAAAAGAUGAUUGUAUAGUAAGAUAAACAUGCAUCAGCUUAUUCUCUUUCUUUUAUUUGUAUCACAUAUUUCAUAUAUUUAUCGAACCAUAUUGUUGCGUAA